UAUGAUCGCCACGUUUUGCGAACUGCUGCUGACUCUGUGGCUCUUGGGCCAUGGGCUCCUGCUGCUUCCGGUGCACGGAAGCACGGUCCCACACUCGGUCGAAGUGCGCAUCCGGGAGGAUCCGGACCUGUCGCAGUUUUACUCGCUGAUCGAGCAGGAUAACGACCUACUGUACCAGUUGAAGCACCGGUCGCUGACCGUGUUCGCUCCGUCCAACCGGGCCUUUCAGCGUUACUCCGGCAACAAGACGCACGUCCGGUAUCACAUAACAACCAAAGCGAUCAAGCUGAAGGAGCUGGGUGACACGGUGCACACGCUGCUGAACGGGAACCCGCCGCUGUACGUGACACGUCGUAAGAUGCCCCGGGACGUGGGCCACGCCCGCGAGGAGAUUUUUCUCAACAACGCCAUGGUGCUGCUCGAACGGUCGGAUUACAACUACACUAGCGACAUCAACAAAAAACAGGUACUGCACAUCAUCGACGACGUGCUGACACCGGUCGGCAUUGGGGCGAACGAAACGCGUUUCUCCUACAGUCUCGAUGCCUGGCAGCUCCUGCAGAACGCUGAAUCGAUCCCGGGGCUGGCACCACAGCGUAUCGGCGUCUUCCGGAAGAAGGUAUCGCAGCUGCAACAGGAGCAGAUCUUCCGGGCGGCCGGUCUCUUCACGUUCUUCAUUCCGGUGGAGUCGCACUCGAAGGUACGCGAGCCCCCUCAUCCGCCCAUGACGCGGCUCGACCGGAUGGCGCUGGAGGGUCACGUGGUACCGGGCCGGGCCCUGUUCACCGUGCCGGCACCGUACGACGAACCAUUCCCGACGCUGGCGUUUGGCGAUAACACCAAGAUUACGGCCAACCUCAUCCAUUACGGCACCGGCCGGGACUCUCGAGUGUUUGUGAUGUCGCGUACGAUGCUGACCAACUCGCGGCUCUCGUCCGGGGCGGUGGUAGCCGAAAUCGUCAAGGCCAACAUUCCGGUCACCAAUGGGGUGGUGCAUCUGAUCCACCGACCGCUGGUGAUCGUUGACAUGAAGAUCGCCCAGUUUCUGCAGGAGCAAGAGGACGGUAUCGUGUCCAAGUUUACCGAGCUGAUCGAAGAUUACGUGCCAGAGUUUUUCCAGCUGCUGCAGUCGUCCGCCAGCAAGACGCUGCUGGUGCCGGACAACGAUGCCGUCAAUCGUAUCAUCGGAUCGAACUUCUUGACUGACCGGAAGAAGAUGCAGGAGAUACUGGCGAUGCACCUGAUCCGCGACUCGAUGCCGAUCGACAAGAUCAAGCGAGCCAACCAGGCACAGUUGUAUCAAAUUCCGACCGCUUCGCGGCGCAUGUUCCUGUACUUUAAUGUGCUGGAGAACCGGGAAACGCGCGACCAGCGGGUGACGGUCGAGGGCGGUGGCGUAAACGCGACUGUACUGCUGAACGACAUCACCACCAUCGACGGCUACAUCCACAUCAUCGAUCGCGUCCUCGGUCUACCGUAUAUGACCGUGCAGCAGAAGAUUGAAUCGGACCCGAUGCUCAAUCUCACCAACCACUUCGGGCGGCUAAACGGUUUCAACCAUCAGCUAGGCAAGACGACCAAGCGGUACACAUACUUCGUGCCUCGCGACAAGGCCUGGAUUCAAUGGUUCUACGACCAUCCCGCCGCCCGGCUAGACUCGUUCGUGCGAAACCUAAACCAGACGCGGGCCGUUCUCGAGCGCCACCUGAUCGUCGCGGACCGGGUGUUCAGUAUGGGCGAGCUGAAAAACAUGUCUAUCGAGACACUGAUUCUGCCUACAAUCGGCCCGGUUCCGCUGCGUAUUCGCGUCCGAGAGGAGGAUCGUCGCUUUUUCAUGCAAUGGAGGGAUACGGGAAAGUGGAUCAACGUGUUCCGCCACGAUGUCGAGUGCACCAACGGGCUGAUACACGUCAUCGAUGCGCCGUUUCUGCUGGACGAGGAUCUAUCGGGCGACACCAGCCAGGGGACGCGGCUAGUCGCCAGUUGCGUUUGGCCCCUCCUAGGUGCUGUCCUAGGAGUUCCACUCAUCACCAACGUGCUGACGCAACUGUUCGCACGCACGCGCCUGCAGCAGCAGCAGUGGUAGAUCCGCGUGCCGCCAUAGCUUGUCAUAUGAUUUCAUUCCAUCGUGUCCGUGUGCAUGUAUGAACUAUUUGAACUGUGCAGUAUUUUUAGGAACCGACAGCUCCCAGGUUAAUUCGUCCUUUGUCAGUUUGUUUCCUGCCUACGUGUGUAGCCCAGCCUUACUCUCUCUCUCUCUUGUUCUUUAUCUCUGUAGCUGUUAAUAUUAUUAAGUUAAGAUUGAUUAAGUAGACGUCCGACGUUAGGUCGCUAAGUUAGGAGCAAACGGCAAACGGCAUUCGUUCUACUUAGGCCCCUGCUCUUCCCUUAGUUAUUACCACAUGGAAGUAUUUCUUGCGAAUUCGGCGAAAUUAAACUACAGUGAGAGAUGCAGAGGAAAAGAUAAAGAAAGAAUGGAAGUCCGAAGAAUCUCAUUCAAGCAGCACCAAACCUAAGGUGCUUCCCAUUCAUUCUCGAUGUAAAUAGAUCUCCAGGUUCGCCCACAAUUUUCAAACCUAACGUCAUUGUUAGGUGGUGGUGUUCUCCCUUACAGCCAGCCAUCUGUCGCAUCUACUACAAGCCUUACGACGCCAUUUCAAGAUGCCUCUGGUGUGCCUUACGACAACAUAAACCGAACGCAGUGGUAAUAUUUACUUCUAUCAUACAUAAUGACCGUGACCGUUGUGCG